AGUGCUGUGUGGCUCAAAUGUUAGGUUCUUCCCGGGCACCAGGGGCCCGGUCCAUUUCCGGUUCACAUGGAGUUCUUUUGUUCGCUUGCCAUCUUUCCACAUCUUGUGCUGGCCGUCUCCCAUGACACCCAUGCUUAUGUGAAUGUGGGUGGCUCUGUGAGUUUGUCACCCUCGCCGACCAUGAGACCUCAGCAUCUCGAGGAUUACAUCUUGUACUCGAAAGAUGACUCCUCAGAGAACACUCAGGCCAUCAAGGACCUCACGCAGACGGUGGACGAUGACUUUGUGGGGGUCCUCCCGAAUCCCAAGGAGGAAUUGGAGGCGGCCAGACAAAGAUUGAACAUCAAGCCGGUCCCAGGCCCCCCAGGCUCCAUCGUCACCGGGCUUUUUGGGAAGCCUGGCCCCAUGGGCCCCAGGGGCGCCCGGGGUCCUGCAGGACCCCAGGGCCCGACCGGGCCGCCGGGCGCCGCGGCGCGCGGGCCACCAGGGGAGGUCGGCCCUGAUGGGCCGCAUGGGCCAGCGGGGCCACAUGGGAAUCCAGGACCUCGAGGCGUGGCUGGGCCGGACGGCCCUGUGGGCGGUCCGCCUCCAGAGGCGCACGUGUGGAACCAGAUCAUGGAUUACUACAGGGGAGCCCUGGAUCACAUGCAGAUCAUCAAUGGGAGGCGGCUCAGAGUGGUGAACAACGAUUUGGCUUUGAUGAACGGCCAGGCGGCUCUCUUCCAGGCUCGUCACAAUGGCAUCCGAAACGGAGCUUUGGGACUCCAUGCCUACUUGCUUCGAUCUUACAACAGGGUGGCUGCCUCACUGUCCCAAGCAACACGCCUGGACCGAGAUAUCUCCGAGAUUGCGGCCCAGCCCACGUCCACGCAAGGUCUUCACGAUGCUAAGCGGCUGCUGCCUGUGGUGCAAGCGCAGCACACCGUCAUUGAGCAGAGCGAGUCAGCCGCAUCCCGUGCCAUGUCUGGUAGCCGCCGCAUGCCGGUGGCUUCGGGCUCCAACAGUGUGGACUAUGCGCCGCCCGGGGAGAAAAGCGGAGCCGGGCUCCGAUCGGUCUCGUACGCCUUGGUGAUCGCGCUGGGGUGGCUGUGCUGAAGAACAUGCCCUCCAAAAGGACUUGGCGGA